CUCUCUUCCUUUCCCAUGAUGAGGAUGAUAAGUUGUAAGGAUAGAGAGCCUUUGCUUCGCAUUCCGGUCAUCUGAGAACCAGCCUCGCUGCCGGUCUCCGGCGAGAUCCGCCGCCCUCUCGCCUGAAAGAGCCGUAUAUGUCAAUCUAUUUACCUGAAGAAGCAAUUUUAGGGACUUUCCUCCUGAUUUGUUGAAAUUUUUUUGCACUAGUUUCCGGUUGAAGUGGGUGUGGUGAGCGGGUUCCUGGAGUUGGGUAGGAGGAGGGUUGUUUUUGGUUUUGGAUUUGGGGUUCUUACCGGUGUGGUAACAGGCGUUUUGUUAUUUUGUUGAAUUCGUUCCUUUUUUUAGUAUUUUUUCUGUUCGAUUUGUGCUGGAUUGGAGAAGGGUUUCUUUUCACCGUACGAGGCUGCAUUGAUUGGAGUCAAGGAUGCUACAUUGCUUUUCUUUUAUUGUAUACUGAUUUCUGAAUUUGAACGGGAGGAGGUGACGCAGGUGUGGCUAUUGUUUUUGAAGUUUUUUGGGCGUUUUUUAGGUGUUCUGUAAAUUUAAAGGAGGGGGAGAGGGGAACUUAUUUUUCUAGGGUUAUUUAUCUUGGAAGCUCUAGGGUUGCUAAUGUAUGGUAGCGGGGCCCUUUGGGUUCCGGGGAUGUGCAAGCUGGAGAGAUCGCAGACGGGAUCUGAGUACGACGAGAAGCAGACGUGUUUGAAGUCAUGCCGCGAGGGGAAGACAGCAGUAGCGGCGCAGAAGUUUAAGGGGGCGAUGACGUCGAGGUCGAGGAUGAAGCUUUGGAUGAUCCGUGCGACGACCACUGUCUUGCUGUGGACUUGUCUAGUUCAGCUUAGUGCACUUGGAGAGUUAUGGGGGCCGAGGGUUCUCAAGGGCUGGCCCGCCUGCUUCACUCUGUUGGAUUCACAACAGUCGCCGACACUGAAUCAUCCACCAGUUGCUGCUCAUAAGAUUCUUCUUCCACCAAAGAGGAUUUAUAAAAAUAAUGGUUACUUGGUGGUUUCCUGCAAUGGAGGCCUAAAUCAAAUGCGUGCUGCUAUAUGCGAUAUGGUUGCUAUUGCAAGAUAUUUAAAUGUGACGCUGAUUAUACCGGAAUUGGAUAAAACAUCAUUCUGGAGUGAUCCUAGUGAGUUUCAAGACAUAUUUGAUGUGGACCAUUUCAUUUCUGCACUGAGGGAUGAAGUCAGGAUAUUAAAAGAGCUUCCUCCAAGGUUAAAGCAUAGAGUUGCGCUUGGAAUGUUCUAUUCCAUGCCUCCUGUUAGUUGGUCGGACAUUUCUUACUACAAAAAUCAGAUUCUACCAUUGUUCCUCAAACACAAGAUUGUUCAUUUGAAUAAAACCGAUUCCAGGCUUGCUAACAAUGGCCUGCCAAUGGAGAUUCAGAAGUUACGUUGCAGAACAAAUUAUGCUGCUCUUAGAUUCACUCCACAAAUCGAAGAAUUAGGACGUAGAGUGAUCAACAUUCUUCGUCGAAAUGGUCCUUUUCUCGUCCUUCAUCUUCGCUAUGAAAUGGACAUGUUGGCUUUCUCAGGCUGCACUCAUGGCUGCUCCGUGGAGGAAGCUGAGGAGUUGACCCGAAUGAGAUAUGCAUACCCUUGGUGGAAAGAAAAAGUUAUAGAUGCUGACUCAAAAAGAAAAGACGGGUCCUGCCCUUUGACGCCUGAGGAAACUGCUCUUAUACUCCAAGCAUUAGACAUUGAUACCGGCACCACCAUAUACAUUGCUGCUGGGGAAAUAUACGGUGGAGCUCGGAGAAUGGCUGCCUUAACUGCAGCUUAUCCAAAUGUGGUGAGGAAAGAGACGCUGUUGGAGCCUUCAGAUCUCAGAUAUUUUCAGAACCACUCUUCACAAAUGGCAGCAUUGGAUUAUCUAGUCUCAUUGGAGAGUGAUAUAUUCAUUCCUACUUAUGAUGGCAACAUGGCCAAGGUUGUUGAAGGUCAUAGGAGAUACUUGGGUUUCAGGAAGACCAUCGUCCCUGACCGGAAGCUGCUCGUGGAGCUGAUAGAUCAGUUCAACCAUGGCUAUAUUGAUUGGGAUGAGUUCUCUACUUCUGUAAGGGCUGCUCAUGAGAACCGCAUGGGGAAGCCUGCUAGGAGAAGAGUCAUCAUGGACCGACCAAAGGAAGAAGACUACUUCUACUCUAAUCCUCAGGAAUUCCUUCCCUUUAAGAAUCAAAAGUUCAGUCUACAAUAACUGUUGAGACCCAACUGACUGAAAUGAAAAUUCUAAAUGGGCAUCACACUACUGAGGCAGCCAGUGCAUACAUGCUGGAUUUUGUCAUGAUGAUAUAUAGUGAUUGUUGUAUUAAUUUAUAUUCUUGCAAAUAAGAUUUGAUUCAGUGUAUAGAUCUCAUUAUUGUUGGACAAAAUCGCAUUUUCAUACCAAUAGAAGAGUAUUGUAAGGAGUUUUUUUUUUAUUUAAUUAUUUAUUGAGGAGAA